ACAGAAAGUCCUAUGCGCUUCAACACCCCCACACAAUACCUACCACCUCUUUCAAUGUCUCUGAAAUCCUAAUACACUCACUAAACUUUCACUCAGCUCAAAACCAGCAGAGUCUUCUGCCUUCCUCGAGUUUGAUCAGCCUUCAAGCUUAUCAGUCGAGCUCGCUUCUGAUGACCAGUGUCGACUCAACAUUGGCUCAGCUUCGGCUAUAAAACCAAAACCGUUCCUCUGUCUGGUGUUCCACAGAUACGGCAAAAACAAAAUUAGACACCAAAACUAUAGCUUCGAUUUAAUUUAACCGUUUGACGUCCUUUGCUAUCUUUUCCCGUUUGACGGCUUGGUUAUUCAGCGAAACGGGCGCCGCAACUAGAAUCACUUGACGUCUCAGUUACUGGAAUAGGGGCCCCCUUCUACCCAGAGGCAAGAGACGACACAAAUAACCACCUUAUAACAAAACAACGCAUCUAAAAACUAGCCCAAACAAAGAAAUCAAUGUUCUCUGAAGAAAUAAUGAACUAACGCGCUAACAGUUCUUAACCAAAACGAAGACCAUUUAUAUGGAAAUCUGACCGAAACGACAAAACUUUGUGCGCUGCCCUUCAACAAGGCAACUACAACAACAAAAACUGACAGCAACUAGUAGUUUAAAUUGAGUUUAAAAUACUCAAACUUUAAAAUCUGGUAAAAUUUCUCACUGUUUGCUUGAAAAUACAUAAAGAUAAAGUAAUAUGCAAACGUUGUAAAAUUUAAGUAGAUUUAUCUUUAUGUAUUUCAAAUAAAACCCAAUUACCUCAGGAUUACUUUAUAGUGGUUAAAAAAGCUGUAGACUAAAAGUUGUAUUUUAUUGUAGAUAUUUUAUUUUCUCCUUCUAAGAUACAUUUGAAUCCUUUCUGGGUUUUACUAAUAAAUACCGACUUCAAGAAGAGAGCAACUUCCGUUCUGCUGGAAAAUGUACCCUGAAUUAAAAUAAACGAUUGCAUUAAAAUCGGGUAAAAUAACAAAUUUGCAUUUUAGCCUUAAGCCCUGUUACAGUGACAACAAUGUUUUGGUUGGCAACAUGAAUACAUAAAACAAAUGUCCACGAUCUGUCUUUUUAAAUCAGUACAUUAUCUGGUGAAACCUCGAGUCCUUCACUUGAAAGACAGAGAGAAUAACUCUUAUUCUUAUUGUACAGGGGACGUUUGUACCAAUGUUGUAUAAUUCUUCCUGGCUGCCAAACCAUUGUGAACAGCUAUUAUAAACAAACCAGUCUGAAAGCUACUAUUAAGCAACCUGAUAAAGAAGUCUGAAAUGACCGUUUAGCCCUCCAAAUUUACUGGGUGAGACAACUUGGGUUUUGUAAUAUUCCAGCCAAACGAACUUAACAGGCAAAUUCAAACCAUUAUUUUCUAGGAAAACCUAUCCAUAAUAGUGAAUUGCAAAAUUUUCCUGUCCUGUUUCAAAUUGACACCGUCGUGCAACACAAGACCGCCCUCUGCUGAGACGUAAAGUCCGAACUUAAGCUCUUAUAUUUUUCUCAACUCAUCAUAUUGGACUGACUGAAAAUAUAUCCUUCAUGUUAGUAGAUGAAUAUUUGUUUGCUUUGAUUAUCUCACCAUUCACACGUAAAAAAGGAUCUGGUAGAAAAAUAAUCGUUUCCUGGUAGACGCAUUUUCUUCCAUGAAAAUUCUCAGGCUCAUAUUUUUCUAAAACUGGCCAAAAUUUUGGGCAUUACACUGAUCUCUUCAUUAUUGUAUUUAAUUUUACAACCAAAUUGACAGUUUUCCACGGCAAUUUAAAUUUGAUUUCCGCGAUUACUUUUGCAAAAACCAACUGAGCCGUAACAUUGAAUGGAAAAUCUAAAUAUACUUCUAAUAUGACCUGGCUAGCUCUCUUUGAAUUAUUAUUUAUGAUUCCACUUCAUUUUUAUUAAUUCCAUGAAGGCCCACUCUGGAUAAGCCUAACAGGUUCCAGAUUGACUGGAUUAGAGGCUAAAGUUGGUUUCCAUUCUAUUCAAGCGCGUUUCCAUUGAUAUUACGAACCAUGUGUGUUAGCUAACUGCCUUGAAGUUCUGACGAAAAAUUUGAACUAACGGUCUCAAAAAGCUAAUUUUGAAGAAAGUAUUUUAAACACAUUUACUAUUUUUGUGUGAAAAGAUACAGGCGAAAAAGAAGUCAAAAAUUCUACGUUUCGUCAGAAUGUUCGAAAAAUAUCUACUGGACUGAAUCAAUAAAACGUGCACAUUUGAGUCUAGUUUUACAUCUUUGGUAAAUGUAACUUUUCUUGGCCAUUACAAGCUUCUACUUUAGUAGCAAAGUUUUAUUAAUUUUCUAAAAUACUCAAUUCUUUAAUCAACUUAAUAUCUGAAUAAUGUUAUGGUAGUAUAUAAUACCUGUCGCCGAUUUAAAGAGCUAAAUACUGGAUAACUGGAGCGUAAAUUAUUGAUCACGAUUGAAAUUCAUUGGAUAUCAAUUAUUUAUUUGUGUGGAUAUUGGUGUAUACAACGAUGCAUCAGUUCAAAUGCGUAGUGGUCGGAGAUGGGUUUGUUGGGAAGACUUCAAUGCUCAUCGCCUACACGAGGAAUUACUUUGAUCCAUCAUAUACACCCACGGUUUUCGAGAACCACAAUGCGAACAUCUUGGUCAAUGGCAUCCCCUACAUUCUACAGUUGUGGGACACCGCAGGCCAAGAAGACUACGACAGACUACGACCCCUCUCAUAUCCCAUGACUCAUAUUUUCCUCAUGUGUUUCUCAUUCGAUCGAAUGGACACUGUGGCCAACCUCAAAUCAAAAUGGGAGCCCGAAGUUAAACAUCACUGCCCUAACACUCCAAUUUUAUUGAUCGGCACCAAAUUAGACCUCAAGAAGACAAAUAAAGAGGAAAUUAAAAAAUCAAGUUCUAUUGUCACAACAAAAACGGGCAAAGCUUUGGAAAAGUCCAUAGGAGCAUGUGGCUACGUUGAAUGUUCGGCCAAGACAAAAGAAGGAAUCACUCUCGUAUUUGAGAAGGCAGUCACAUCUUGCAUUAGCAAAACCAUAACACCAAAAAAAAGGCCUUGCAGAAUUCUAUGAACAUGUCAUAAUUAUAAUUUCAUAAUUGCUUCAAUUCCUAAUUUGUACGUAUCAAUACUUAGCAGCAAUCAAUUAAACGUUUACAUAGCAGCUUGUUUUUCAUCCAACCAAGAGGAACUCAUUUCUUAACAUUUAACAAAACUGCUCGUAUCAGGGCCAAGCCCUGAAUGUUCCAACUACAUUUUAACAUCAAUGGAGCAGUGUUCGCAUUAAAAGACUUGAUGAAUUUUUCAAAAACAAAAAUUGAGAUUUUUAAUCCUAGCCCCACACGCCGCAGUAAGUACAAAGUGAUAAAUUUCGCUCCUAAUAACGAAAAAAUUAUGACGAAUAGCCCUGCUUCAACCAAUUAGGAACGAUUUCUAAGACGGAUUAUAUCUUCGCUUACACUUUAAUAGCCUGAACUAUAUGGCGCGUUAAUUGUACCAAAUUGGCAAUUUUUACACCACCAUAACUUUACAAAAAUUGAUCACAGGUGGAAUAUAAUUUUUUAAUUUGAG